AUGUCAUCGAUCAGUGAUCGUUCAUUGACGGCUUUUGUGCUUCUUCUGAUUUCCACUGCGACCCAAUGCAGACCACAACAGCAGCAGGCUUAUUUACCACCUUCUUCUGGUCAACAACAACAGCAGUUGCAAUCUCAGAGCAGCAAUAAUAAUCCUCAAACAUUCUAUGUCCCACCAGCGGGACAACAACAACAACAACAACAGCUUCCAUUCUUAACAUCACCUUCAAACCAACAACAACAACAACAACAACAGCAAAUUACCCAACCACCAAUUCAACUGCAUAUCCCAAUACCCAACGAUGGCGUCGAAGAGAAGAAAAUCUACGUGCAACUUCCGCCACAACAACAGCAAUAUCCCCAACAACCCCAAUACCGUUAUCCUCCGAGGAAACAUUAUAAAAUCAUUUUGGUCCGAAGCCCAUCGCCGCCAACACCUCCACCGGCACCAGUGCUGCCCGAAAUCGAGGAACAAACUUUGGUGUAUGUUUUGGUGAAGAAACCGGAUACACCCAGCGUCGCUGAGCUGCAACAGCAACAACAGCAAUCCUUUAAACUAAACAAACCGGAAGUGUAUUUCAUUAAGUACAAAGCUAAUGAGCAGAGGGCUGAAGAUGGUUCAUUGGGCAAUAGUGGUAAUGGUGGUGUUGCCAAUUCACCGGAGUUGUUGGAAAAAUCCAUUCAACAGCAACUGAAUAGUAAUAAUUUAGAAGGUGCCACUGGCAGUAAUAGCGGCGGUGGUGGUGGUUAUUCAUACGAUGGAAAUAGGAAACGUGAGGCUAAGAAUCUUAACCAGAACGAUGAAGAUGAGGAGGCGAAUAAAGUUAUGAAGGAUGAGAAUUAG